GCUGCUUCAAGGGCUUCGACAAGGACCAGUAAACAAUCUGUCACUCCAGCUCCAUCAAUGCGACCUGCCAAACGGUUGCGGUCAGUAGCAUCAGCAAGUCGAACGAUGUCUGAACCUCCGACACGUGUAUUCGCGUUGUGGAAGCAGGAUGGACAUUACUACUCUGGUACUGUCCAUUCCUUGCAAAGUCCGUCAUCUACGCGUUAUUUGGUUAAAUUCGACGACAACACCGAGGACGUGGUAGAUAUCACACGAAUGCGCCGUUGCCAGCUAAAGGUUGGCGAUAAUGUCAUUAUGGUUGAAGGAGGUCUCAGAGGAAAAGUGACUUACGCCGAUGGACUUGAAACCGAAGGUGUGGUUCGCGUUGAAGUUGACAAUGGGUCCAAAGUCAUCACUUCAGAAGUCGAAACCGCCGACAUCAGAAUCGCCAGCCGAACGCUCGCAAGCCAAUGGAAAGAUCGGAUGCUCUCUGCAGAGUUGAUCGUCGCCAUGGUCAAACCUAAACCAAUCAAAGCAACUCCUUCGCCAUCUAAGGUGUCUAUUCAGAGCACCACGUCUACCAAAAGCGAAAGCAAAGUACUGGCCAAGACAGGCUUAGUGGUUACUCUUAGUGCUACCAACUCCAAUCGGGAUGCAGACAGAGACACCGUCACGAGCUUGAUCAAGAGUCAUGGCGGGGUUGUUAUCGAGGAAUGGUCGAACAUCUUUCUUAUGAAUGGCACGCAUAGCCAGGGCAACAAGCGUUGGGUCGCUUUGAAGGACGAUAUCCGUUGGAAUCCGAAAUAUGGCAUAGAACGUGUUUUCCUCCUGUCUGAUGAUGCAAAUCAAAAGCCAAAAUUUCUCAUUGCUCUUGCUCUGGGGAUUCCAUGUAUCUCUUUUGAUUGGCUUCUUCGAGGCCUCAAAAUGGGAGGGGAAAGAGAGAAGGAAUGGCAGUCGUAUUUGCUUCCUGCAGGUUUCUCUGAAGUUCUGCACGCACGGGUGUCACAACUUAUAGAUAUGGACUGGGGCAACAGUCCCGAGCAUCUGAGCGAAAUCAUGUACAACCCAGUGGCUUCAAAGUUGUUCAGCCUCAAAUCGGUCGUAUGUGUUGGUGCUGACUUUGUGCCGUUGCCAAGAGCCAAGAAGGUCAACUCAGAUGCAGAACGAGCUAAAGAAGCAAGUCGGACGGUACCCUAUAUUAUACUUGCCAUGGGAGCGGACCGUGUGGAGGCUGUGUCCGACAUUAAAUACGCCUCGAAAAGCGAUUUGGCCUCUUUUGAUUAUGUUGUCGUUAAAGACAAUGGCGAAGCGGGCGUGUCCCUACGCCAGGACGGUGUGAAACUCGUUCACCUCUCAUGGGUGAAAGAUUGCCUUAUUGCAGGAAGAUUGUUGUCCAUGCACUAAUAGGCUAAUGACGAUCCUUGAUACCUAAAGAUGGUAUAUCCAGCCUUCAGUUACACCCAAAUUUUACGGACAUCUACCCCACGACCUUGAAAAUUACUGACACUAUCUUAUUGAUAACUGCAUAGUGAUGUACACUUUUGAAUUUGCUUUCCUCGUUCUUGAAGUUCUCCACGUAAUGUAUAUGCAUCUUGUCUAUGUAAUUCCAGUUCCAAAAUCUUGAACAUUAUAUUUUGUCACUGUAGGCAAA